AUGGGAAAACAAAACAAGCAAGAUCAAAGUGCACAAAAAGAAAUGAAUGAUUAUGAGAAGAUUAGACAUUUGAGGAUUCAAGAAAACCAAGCCAGACUAAAAGAUUUAGGAGUUAAAAGCAUUGCAAAUUCUUUGACAAGUUUGGUAGAAAGUCAAAAACCAAAGAAAAAACAAGUGAAACCAAUGUCUACCAGUGCUAGAGAUUCAGACUAUAUUCCUGAUUUGGGUGAUGAUAAUGAUGGAGAUUACCACGAAGUUGCUAGAAGUGUUGAAGUAUCCAAAAAGCAACAUCGUCCACAAUAUAUUGCACCAAUGUCCAUGAAUAGACUUGCUAAUUUAACAAGGCAACGUCGGGUGAUUGCUCCAAAUGUCUUGAAUAAGUAUCCAUUAGCUUCGAAUGCAGCAAAAGAAAAACAAUCUAGAUCAAAGACUAGUAUGGGUGACUUAAUCUUGAGGAAUAAAGGACCGCAAAGGGGAAGGGAGGUAUUCAAACAAAAUGCAGAAAAUCAUAAUUGUAUCAGAAGCGGACCAAAGAGACAAUUGGCUCUUGUUGAUGAGGAUGAGGAUGAUGAGAUAUCUCAAGCUGAUAUGGAGCAAUUUGGGUUGAAAGAUGAUGUCAAUAAAGGUCGUAUUGUGCAAUGUGAAGAAGAUGAUGUUGAUCAAAAUGAUGACUAUGAAGACAUGGACCAUUUGACAUAUGCAAAUAUUGAAAAUGAGAUUGAAGUUGAUGAUAACGAUGAAGAUUUGGGAAAUGAGAAUGAUGUACUUUUUGAAGAACAAUUAGAAGAGCCCCAAUUAGAAAAGGAAACAGGUUCAACUUCAUUACUUGAUCAUGCUUUUGGGGAAGGACGUAGUAGGAAAAUUCUCUCGGUUUUGGGUACAAUAGCUCGUACCCAUAGUUAUGCACCAUUGAUAUGUACUUCAUGGCACAAAGUUCCACAUAAAGAUAAGAUAUGGGAGUAUGUCUUGGGAAAAUACGAUGUGCCCGAUGAUGCUAAAACUUGGGUUCUUAGGACAAUUGGAAAUUUGUAUAAGGUAUACAAAUGUAGGUUCAAGAAAAAACACUUCUAUCAAUUUAAGGACAAUAAAACAAGAUGGAAGAAUCGACCUGAAUGCAUUCCUCAAGAAGAGUUCUCAAAACUAUUAGUGUUAUGGAAUAAAAAAGAUGCAGCGAAACGUUGUUUGCGGGCAAAAGAAAUACGCAAGUCUCUAAAAAAUAUGCACACGGCUGGUCCAAAAAGUUUUGCUAGAAUUCGUGACGAGAUGAAAAAUGAAGAUCCAAACAAGGAAUUCCCAACUCUAAGUCAAAUGUUUGAACGUACACGUAAAAGGACAGAUGGGCGUGUAUAUGUCGAUACAUAUGAUGACACGACAAAUAAAAUUGAACAAAUGAAGAAGUACGAACAUCUAGAGUUGAAAGUGAUGUCGUAG